AUGCCAAAGGAAGAGAGCUUGCCUAUGCGGAAAAAGAUGAGGAAGGGCACUCAUAGCUGCUUCGAAUACAACCCAGACGUCUGUUCAGAAUGCUUUGCACGUGGCAGUCGCUGUAUCGACCAGGAGAAUGCCGACCCAGAGGUGGUGGUUGACCACAGGAAGAACCUCCGCGAGCGAGUGUCGCGACUGGAGGCCCUCGUUGACUCCCUCCUCGAAGAGAAGACAGAGAGGAGCACAUCCGACUCUGUCUCCGUGUCACGCUCAGUUUCUAUGUCGAAGACUCCCAACGUUGUCACCAAAGACACCUUCCCACCCACUCCUCUUUCUUCAGAGGCUGCUUCGUCUAUCAGUGUCCUCAAGGACGCACAAAGGGCACCGUCCGAUAGAGGGCAUCAUGUGCCUAUCCUGUCUAUCUUCGAAGAUGCCCUCAAUGAUGCCGAAGAACGCAUCAAAGCCCGUAUGGAACCCCUCCGCAAGGAUUCCAACCCCAACUCAGCUUCAUCCGGACGCUACACGCUGAGCUAUACCAAUCCAGACGACGUCAUGGAGAACGACAACUCUUUUGGACAGCAGGCUAAGAAAGAACGCACCAAGCAGGCGCUUCUCGCUAUGCUGCCAUCUUAUGAAAAGCUGAACAAGAUUCUUACUUCCAAUAGCGAAUGGUGGCAGACGUGGCGACGGAAGUGUAGUGGCACAUCUGCUAGUGAUGAGACGCUACCUCAAUUCGCUUCCAAGGCGCUGGCAUCGGGCAAUAUUGGUGCAAUGGGGACUGUUGUUCUAGCUGUCGGUAUCUGUUCGGAUGACGAGAGAGAAGUUGAACGAUACAUUGAGAUGGUCGAUCGAUGGGUAUUAGGGGAUGACGAAUUCGCUGCUACCCUUGAAGGCAUGGAGUGCUUGAUCCUGAAGGCGAAGUGGUAUGCAGAUGUUGGUCAACCGCGCCGCGCUUGGCUCGCAUACCGAAAAGGCCUCAUGUACACGCAACUCAUGGUACGUGUGAUGAUCUCAGCCGACCCCUAUGCGGUACAUGUAGACGGAGCUGACAUGGUCCAGGGCCUUCACCGCAAACGCACUUCCUCGUCCGCACACGAAUCCAUCUGGUGGGCACUCUAUCACGGCGACCGCUUCCUUUCGUUACUCCUCGGUCUCCCCUACGGCAUUUCAGAUUCGCACUGUGAUCUAACGCUACCCGACAUUCCCAACGGCCCCUAUAUGGCGCCACUAACGUUCAUGAACAAGAUGUCCAUUCUCUCGGGCAAGGUCAUCGAUCGCAACCAAGGCAUCGCUGAGCAAUCCUUUGCCUGGGCGCUUCAGCUCGACCAAGAGCUCGAAGAUUUGUACAAGAAACUGGAUCCAGAAUGGCUCGAAUACUCCGAGCUACUUGCCGAUAUCGAAAGCAAUGCCGCGGAAUUACGUGAGCGAAUCAUGGCUCAAAUGGUCUAUCACCAAAUUCGAGUGUAUCUACAUCUUCCCUUCAUGCUUAAGUCGGCAGUGAACAGCCGUUUUACCUACAGCCGCACCGCCUGCGUCAACGGCUCGCGCGAAGUCCUGAAGUUGUACCAAGCGUUGCGAACAGGAGAGGUACAACCACUCUACGAGUGCAAAGCCGUCGACUUCAUCGGCUUUACCUCCGCGGUACUGAUCGUCCUCGGCCUCUUCAACUACGGCGCAACCAACACACCCAUCUCUCCCGCCGCCCGCGAAGCUGAUGUCCGCCUCAUCGAAAUGUCCAUCGACAUUUUCCGGCGAGCCUCUUCUGAAAAGGGCGGAAAGGUUGCCCUGCAAUCCGCUCAGGUCCUCGAAAAGAUGCUGAAAAAGCUCAAAACCGAAAUCGGUCAGCCUGUUAGCAACAGCAACCCGAACGAUCUCGACGACUGCAGUGCAAUGUCAGAAUUUGUGAUCCCCUACUUUGGCACUCUGCACAUCCGCCGCGGUGGACACCCCGUGUCCCCUUGCGCCUUGGAAAAACACGAUAAACAAUGGAGGAUGGAUGCACGGACUAUGAGUCCCUUGGACACAACUGGGAAAAAGACGAAUGCACAGUUCACGCCUCGCUCAGAUUUGGCGAGCAGCGCAAGCGAUUUCUUUAGCCAAAGUACGACGAGUAACCCUGGUCUUACGACGCCGUCCACGACGAAUACCUCCACAGCUUCUCCGAACCAGGCAUCUGGCUUUACCGAACCUUUCAUCUCCUACGACGGUUUCUACAACUGGGGUAAUGCGUUGGACACGCAGUCCCAAGCCGGCACAGCAACGGGCACACAGAUCAACGACGAUUCGCUGAACAACUUCCCGCUGCCGACGAACAACUUCUCCUGGCAGAACAUGCCCAUGGACAUUGACCAGGACUGGAGCUGGUUUUUGAACGAUGGGGGAAAUGGAAGCAGUACGAACACGAACACGGCUGCGAAUCCGGAUCUGUUUGCACAGCAGGGUUUUGUGGGGUUCGGGUAG